AUGGAAGCAAGGCAACCGUUGGACUUUGUGUCAUAUGCCCCAUUUGUACCAACAAGGGAAAAUCUUGGCCGUGAGAUAUUUGAGGAGUUGGGGUUUGGUGAGAUGGGAGAGGAGGUUGCGAAGAAAUGGACUUUAGAGGAAGAACGGGCCUUCCAUGAGGUUGUCCUUUCUAAACCUGCUUCAUUGGAUAAAAACUUUUGGGACCAUCUCUUGGCAGUUUUCCCUUCUCGGACAAAGAAGGAUCUUAAUAGAUUUGAUCCGCUAAAAGUUGAUAGUGACAAUGAUGAAUGGCUGAAGAGUGAACUCGAACCACUAGAGGAAGAUGAAGACUCUGUGGUGGAGUCUCCUUUUGAUCAAGCUGCUGCCGUAUAUUAUCAGGAAGAUCAAAUUUAUUUCCUUGAAGACAUUGAGGUUGGGGAAGAGGUGAAUGAUUGUGAAGAUGGUGCUGACAUUGUAAGUUGCAGGGUUGGAUCCGACGAAGAGGAUGAAGGAGAUAUAGAUGAUAUUUCAGGGACACAUGUUAGUAAUUCCAUUGGUGAUUGUCGUGGUGAUGUUGAUUUAGAGCUUUGUGGUAAAAUUUCCUGUAGUAAUGGUGAGGAUGAUGUUCAAGAUGACUCCUGCACAUCAUAUGAGAGUCAGCAGGACAGGGUCGAUACUUGUGGUCCACCUGAUGCAAGGAUUGAUGCUAGAGAGUCCAGUGAAGAAUGA